GCUUAUUCCGAAAUAAUCGAUACCACGCGAAUUUCGUGAAAUAAUUUUAUUGAUUCUAUUUUGGCUAAUUUUUUGGCUAAACAGCAGGAGCACAGCGUUGCACGUGUGUUCACCUGUUCGCCGGCACCGUUGUGGCCAUAGAAGUCGGUGUGGUACCAUUGGAUUCAUUUGAUUCACUGGGACCACCGCCCCCUUCGGAGUUUUGUCCCCACAAAUUGCGAAGGAGCCCCGGAAAAUGGUGGACGCCGCCAGGCAGAUGCUCGACGAGCUGAUGGGCAGGAAUCGCAACCUGCAUCCCUCGGAGGCGGGCGCCAAGGUCAAUUGGGAGGAUCCGGAGUUCUGUCAGUUCUACAACGUUAAGUUCUGUCCGCACGAUCUAUUCAUAAAUACGCGCGCAGAUCUGGGCCCCUGUGCCCGCAUCCACGACGAGGAAGCCCGACAUCUCUACGAGGAUGCUCGACCCUCGCAGCGGAAGCGUCAGUACGAGGAUGAAUUCCUGCGCUUUUGCAAUGUUAUGCUGCACGAUGUGGAUCGAAAGAUCCAGAAGGGAAAACAGCGUUUGCUGCUAAUGCAAAGGGAUCAGCCCAAUGUACCGGCGCCACUGAGCAGGCACCAGGAGCAGCUUGCGAAUCUGACGGCCCGGAUCAAUAAGCUGCUCUCUGAGGCAGAGGAAGCCGGCAUUCGGGGUGACGUGGACCAGGCCCAAGAUCUAAUGACCGUGUGCGAGGAGCUCAAGGAGGAGAAGGAACAGUUGGUACAGCAAUACGAGGCCCAUCACAAGGCCAUCAGCAGCAUCAGCCUGACCAAGUCAGCGGAGGACGAGCUGCAGCAUCACCCGCGCAGCAGUCCGGUCACAAAUCCCAGCGAAGAAAGUCCAACUACUCCUCUUCCAGCCGCCACCACGCUAGAUGAAGCGCCGGAUGCAGCUCCAAGUUCCGCACAAGCAGCUGUCACAACGACUGACGAUGCCGGUGAAGCAGCUGGUGCAGCCAGCGAGGACAAAACGUCAGAGAAGACGGAUAGCAAGGCGGCUGGCUGGUCGCAUGAUGCCAUGCCCGAGAAACAAAUGAAGGUGUGCGAAAUCUGUGGCGCUUUCCUGAUAGUCGGCGAUGCACAGCAGCGGAUCGAGGACCAUUUGAUGGGUAAACAGCAUCUGGGCUACUCCAAACUGCGCAACGCCGUCGCCGAGAUCAACGAGGCGCGACAGAAGGAGCGCGAGCAGGAGGAACGACGUCGACGUGAGGGUCGAGUGCAGCGCUUCCACUCCUACGAUAGCAGACGCGAGCCACGCAGUGAGUACCGCGAGCGAAGUCGCGACUAUGUUCAGAAUCGCCAGCCCUCGGAUCGACGUCACCAUCACCAUAAAUCGCACCACAGCUCCCAUCACUCGUAUUCGCGCAGUGGCGGUGGUGGCGGCGGUGUAGGAGUUGGCGGCGGAGGAGGUGGUGGAAGCAGUCGGAGCAACCGGAGCCAUCAUAAUCACAACCAUAAUCACUACCGCCAUGACAGCCGCGAGCGACAUUGCCGCAGCCGGAGUCGCAGUCGCUACUAGAGACCAAAAAAAAAAAAGAAAAAGAAAAAGAAAAGAUAAACACAAUAGAAACCAAGUGAAUAGCAAACCAAGAACACAAGUAAAUAAUCCGAAAGUCCGGAGCACUUCCAGUUUCCAAAGCCCCAUACCGCAAGUGUACAACAACUAAAUAUGAUCAAGUUCAAAACGAACCCAAUCUCUCGACCAUCUGCGAUCUUCAGUCUUCGUCUUAUGUGGUUCGCAAAUCAGCAAUUCGCAAUCCGUAAGCACCAGCUGCCGUGGCCACGGGCGGCAGCAUCGAGGUAUCCCAAUAGAAAAAAAAAAAUCAUUAACACAAUUUCCAAAAAAAAAAAAAAAUUAUAAUAAUAAUAUGUAUCAGAAAACAGUUAGAUAAAACAGUAUCUGAGCUGGCAGUAUCAAUUGCGCUGAGGUGAGUCCAACACUUAAUAAGCCCGUAAAAAAAAAGAAUAUAUAACACUCGGGCGCCAUUGUGCCCCUUCACAUUCUGUAGACAUACUCGUUUUCGUAUCAUUACUCUACUCUCGUAUAUACGAUCUAUAUAUCUGUGUACACACACACACACACACACACACGCGCGCGCGUGUCCCCUCAAUAUGUGUGUGUGUACCCAGUUGGGUUGAGAUCCGGGCGAGGAUUUCACCAAGGUCCACCAGUUCUUCGAAACGGACAGACGGACCUACGUCCUUUCGAUCAAAAAAUAUGUUUAACUCUUUUAGUUUUUUUAGUCAAGCACCACAGGCACUUUUAACCUAACGUUGUAGUAUUCAAUUUUGUGCAGGAUUAUUUUUAAAGUUUGUACCUUCGACAGUUUUCUUUUUGCCCAAUUAAUAUACUCAAUGGUUAUUUGGUUAAACAAAUAUUGAGGGAGUUGCAGAAUGAAUAGUGAAGUUUAUGGUUUAGUCUUAAAAUUAGUUAACUAUGAAAUAUAAAAACAAGAUUUCGCCAAGUGCUGCGUGAGUUUGACUUCUAUAUAUUUAUAUAUAUAUAUAUAAGCAUAAUGACCAAAAGAUAGGCUGGGGAUUAGGGCGAUACGGAGCGUUCACUGGACGUUUCCCUUGCAAUUGUGAGUGGGACAUUGACUGAAACAGGUAUUUACCAAGCCUUACUCUUAUCUCUAUGCGCUUAACUAACCCAACAGAUACAGAUUCGCAUUCCCUGCCAUACCCGCAUUCCCCUCCGCACAUCCAACUAAUCAACCCAUUCGCAAGACAUAAGAACACAGACACAUUAUGAACCAUAAAAUACAAACCACAAACGAUAAAUGUAUGUACAUAUUAUAUGGUAGUGUAUCUAUAUAAUGACUUUGAGUGACAAUCGUACUGCAUGUGAUUUUGACUUGGCCACUGGGUUCACUGGGAUGGGUUUCGAGUAUUCCCGUGGAGGUAUGUAGUCUUAGUGCCUUGUGAGCCGAAGAACGUCAGAAAGAGACGGACUGAGUGUGAGAGAAAGAGCGAGAGAGAGAGAGAGAGAGAGAGAGGAGCUUCUGAUGUGAGACAGAUUCCCAGGUACAUUUGAUAAAUCGAUGAUAACUUAACCAAGCGAUUAGCCCAUUCCAAGGAUUCAAGGAUUCUUCUGAAUUUUACAAAUAUCUAAGUACUUUCGCUUGCUCUAUUUAUGAUAUGAUAAUGAUAAUGAAUGUAUAAGAAACUUAGUCUUUGAGCCUUGGAAAGCUAAACUUGGAAAAGGAUCAUCGGCUUGUCGUGAAAACUCUACAUAUUGCAGUUAUUUAUUUAUUUUUUUUUGUAAUCCCUAACUCAUUGUUGUGGUUUUCCGCCCCCUCCCAUCCUUCCCCUGCACUAUACUCUAUUUUUUAAGCUUGAAAAAAAAAAACAAAAACAAAACUAACCCCAGCGAACUCUUCAAGUCAAGAUUCCAAGACACCCACGAAAAAUCACGAGGUAAUUGAAUUGCUAAAUCGAAUUAAAUUCUAAUCAAUCAAAUACAAUAUACAAUGCAAAAUGAAGAAGCACAAGCAUAGGCAGUGAUCAGAGGGAGACAGCAAACAGUGCAAAGACAGAGAGGGCGAGAGAGAGAGAGUUCGAGUCCCCAAACCCAUACACAUGUAUGUAUGUUCAUGUUCCCCCCUCCUCUUCACCAACAGGUAAAUUGCGACUGAACCCGACCCCAUAAAAAUUAUGAUACUGAUAUUUGAUAUCGAUCUCGAUUAAAUCGAAUUUUUGUGAUGUGACGAGAUAAGCCGUUGGCUAAAUCUCCGUCCAAAACCAAUCGAAUAUCCCGUAGCUGUAUGUUUUGUACUGUUCGUGCCACACAAUCUAAGAUAUAUAUAAACCCCACACUCAGAUGAACUCUGAAUACGUAUACGUAAUCAAUCUAUAUACACGUUCAGCUCGAAAUUAGUCUAAGAUGCGCUAUCCACCUUUAACUGCCCCGAACUUUUGUCUGGCUCACUUAACUUACACUUUCCUCUCUGCAAACGUAUUCCAGAAGCCGCCAACCGAGGAAAGGAGCCCGAAAGUGUUGAAAUAAAUGCGAGGGAUAUAUAUAUAUAUAUAUAUAUAUACAUAUAUAUAUGUGUAUAUAUAUGUAUAGAGAAAGAGGAAGAUAUAUAUGGAAGAUAUGCAUAUGUCUAUAGAUAAAGAAGAAGAACCAACCAGGUAACUUCUAUGCCACACCUCCACACAUAAAUGUUUCUUCACGACAGAGAAGGCGAUAUCCGAGAUCCGAGAUCCGUGAACCGCACUCCUCGAUCCAUAAAACGCAAUCAGGAAAUCAACGAACGAUCACUUUUCAGUGAUCAGAGAAAGACAGAGAGAGAGAGAGAGACAGAGUGCUAGAGAACGCUGAAAGAGACAGUGAGAGAGAGAGAGAGAGAGACACUCGUGUAUAACUGUAUUAGGCAUAAUACAAAACGAGGUGAAUUUCCAUUUCUCUCAACUACUUAUAACUAUAUUAUAUACAUAUAUCUAUAACUAUACCCAUUACUUCCACCCAUCCUUGGAUCAAAAUUAAUAUUGCAUUGAAAACGCCGGGUUGUCAGUUAACGAAAAAUACUAUGGAGCAAUUUGAACCGUACACAUAUAUACAUUAUAUAUAUAUAUGUAUAUGAAUGUAUGGUCGCUUUUGUUUUGUGUCCGCGCAGGAUAAGCUCCUUUUUUCUAUCCCUUUUCCUGCGAGGAACACACCUCUUCCCUGCCAGCAUCCCAGAUCCCAUCCACUAACCCAACACUCCACAUUUUUAUUGUUUACCCACAAUUACGUAGCAAAUUAAUCAAUUGAAUUGAGUUAGCAUCGGGCAAACAGAGUUAAGGAACAUUUACGAAGGCAGAUUUAAGUAUAAUAGUGUAACCCAAUCAAUAAAACUUGAUCGAUCGUCUUUAGUCAUGUAAAGAUGUUUUUAAUUACGAAUUACGAUAUGAGUAAGGAUAAACACAUUCUAUUGAGAGACUCGCAAUAAUUUUCUAAUAAAGAUCAAACUAAAUCCCG